UCUGUCAGCGCAAAUCAGCGUUCGGUUUGAUAUUCAGUUUUCAUUCGUCGCUGGCUCUGGUAACAACACGCGGAAACGCUUCGGGCAACGGAUCGAACAGAACUCGCUAGUAAAAAAUCAAUUCAUUCGAAUCGUAUCGACGAUCGUCAACGAUUAACGGCAGGUGCAAAUUAAAAUUAAUAAGAACGCGUUAAUUGUCCAGUAAAUAAAUGAGUCAAGCUAAGUAAUUACAGUGCCUACCUAUAUUGGUUGCUGUUCCGUCUCAGUGUGGCUCAAUCUUUGGCUUAAGCUGUUGGCUAAUUACGCGAGUAAGAGAUAAAAAAUCCGCAACAGCAACUACAGCAGCAACAACAAUAUUACCAACAUAAGCAACGCUCACAUUUCGCAUGCGCUUAGUUUGUCUAGUUUGUUUGAGUGUGUUCGUGCGGCUCCACCUCGCUGUGUGUGUAUAUGUGCGUGCGGAAUUGUACCUGUGUAUGUCUCAAUCUUUUGCUCAAUCGCAAUCUUUGGCCAUUGCCAAAACUGGUUAACUAAAAGCAAACGUGUUCUUUACGUUUGUUGACUUUGCAAACACAAAACGCGCCAAAGUUAUUCAGCAACGGCAACACAAGUAUUUUGUUUACAUAUUGUGUGCAACAUUUCAGCCAGCCACAACAAAAGCCGUAAUACCUGCAACAAUAACAAACGCCAGGCAGCUGCAUAUUUCAGAACAGCCAACGACAACAGCAUCGCAUAAAAUAUGGACGCCGAAGCCGAUGGAGUGCCUCCAACGGCGCCAGCUGCAGCUGCAACCACGGCGAACAGCGAUCUGGAUCUGGCCGCCCGCCGUCGCCUCUUCAUCUCACAGCCCUCGACGCUGGCGACACGCCGCCAGCAGGCCGUCUGCGUGAGGCGCGCCCAUAAGAUGUAUGGCGGUGGCAAAAAUCCAAAUAUUGUGCUGGAUGGCCUGAAUAUGACAGUGCCCAAGGGCUCCAUCUAUGGUCUCCUGGGCGCCUCUGGUUGUGGCAAGACAACUCUGCUCAGCUGCAUCGUCGGACGACGGCGUCUCAAUUCGGGCGAAAUUUGGGUGCUGGGCGGACGGCCGGGGUCACCAGGAUCCGGUGUGCCAGGCCCGCGAAUUGGCUACAUGCCACAGGAGAUAGCUCUUUAUGGGGAGUUCACAAUGCGCGAGACUUUAAUCUACUUUGGACUUAUUGCGGCCAUGCCCCGCAGCGACAUCGAGGAUCGCACCGAAUUUCUGCUCAAAUUGCUCAAUUUGCCAAAUGGCUCCAAAUUUGUCAAAAAUUUGAGCGGUGGACAGCAGCGUCGCGUGAGUCUGGCUGUUGCUCUGCUCCACGAACCGGAGCUGCUCAUAUUGGAUGAACCGACCGUGGGCGUGGAUCCGGUGCUGCGACAGAGCAUUUGGGAUCAUUUGGUGGAAAUUACAAAAAAUGGCCACACGACUGUGAUAAUCACCACGCAUUACAUCGACGAGUGUGCCCAAGCUCACGUGAUUGGUUUGCUGCGUGGCGGCAAAAUGCUUGCCGAGGAGUCGCCCGACUAUCUGCGUCAACAAUACAACGCCGACUCGCUGGAGGCUGUGUUCCUCAAGCUUUCCGUCAUGCAGAACAUGGGCAAACGUCGGCGCUCAUCUAUUGCCCAGGAGAUUGUGGAGCAGGUGACGGUGCCAGCCAUAUCGAAUCCAGCGCUGGACAUGUCCGAUGAGCAGCACGCCGCUGAGAUUUCAGGAGAAUUCGGUGAUAAUAUAUCCAUGUCAUCGGCGGCGCGAGAUCCCAUUACGAGCACAGCUCCUGCUGCACCACCGUUGCCGCCGGUGCAGGAGAUGCCUACAUCCUUCUGGUACAAUUUGCAUGUGAUGCAGUCGCAUCAUCUGCAUGCGCUCAUCUGGAAAAACUUUUUGUGGAUGAUGCGCAACGUAGGAAUAAUGCUAUUCAUAGUGGGUCUGCCGGUGGUCCAGAUAUUGCUGUUCUGCUAUGCGAUUGGCCAUGAUCCCACUGGCCUCAAAUUGGCCGUGGCGAAUCACGAGAUGACCGAGGAAAUGAUUAUGCAACAAUUUUGUCCAGUGCACACCGGAUGCAAUCAGACCAUGCUCAGCUGCCGUUAUCUCGAUAUGCUGGUCAAGAACAAGAGCAUGGUUGUGAAAUAUGUAAGCGAUGAUGAGGCUGCCUAUGAGGAAGUGCGUCGCGGCUAUGCCUGGGCCGCUCUUGUCAUACAGCCGAACUAUACUGAUGCCCUGGUCGAGCGAGUCGAAGAUGGGCGUUAUGCCGAGGAUGGGACGGUGGAGGCCUCCGAUUUGGGCGUACGCAUGGAUUGGUCCAAUCAACAAAUAUCAACACUUCUCUAUCGCGACCUGCAAUAUACGUUUUUCAGCUUUGUGGAGAACAUGUUGAGUGAUUGCAAUGUGAACCCGAAGCUGGGACGCGUGCCAGUACAAUGGGAGCAGCCCAUUUACGGCUAUCGGAAUCCAAAUUUCACAGACUUUGCGGCCCCGGGCGUUAUACUGACCAUCAUAUUCUUUCUGUCGGUGGCCAUCACUUCGGGCGCGAUGCUGAUUGAACGCAAUGAGGGCAUGCUGGAGCGCUGCUUGGUGGCCGGCAUAACGGGACCAGAGAUUCUGCUAUCGCAGGUUGUCACCCAGUUCACGGUGAUGCUCAGUCAGACUGUGUUUGUGCUCAUUGUCAGCUUCUACUUCUUUGAGCUGACGCUGGUGGGCGAUAUCUGGCUGGUGGUAGCACUGUGCAUACUCAACGGACUCUGCGGUAUGACCUUUGGCUUUGUCAUCUCAUGCGCUGUGGAUACGGAGCGUACGGCCACAUAUGUGGCGAUGGGCUCAUUUCUGCCCAUUGUGAUGCUGUGCGGUAUUAUUUGGCCCAUUGAGGGCAUGUAUCCACUGCUUCAGUUUGUCACCGCGUUCCUGCCGCUGACGAAGCCCACAGAAUCGAUGCGCUCCAUACUGCAGCGCGGCUGGGGCAUGGAUAAUCCAACUGUAUAUAACGGCUUCAUUUCCAUCUCGUCGUGGGUGCUCGUGUUUCUAGUGCUCACCAUAUUACUGCUCAAGUUCAAGAAGGGCUAGUGUCAGCAGCGGCACAUGUUAUUGCCUAUGAUUUUACUAGGUCGUAAGGGUAUUUCUUAGUCGUAUAUAAGUCUAGCGAGUGUAUGUCUCUUGUACAAUGUGUUAGUCACACAAAUUAUUCGAUAUAAAUGUAUUUCUAAGGUUCCGGAUGUCACAUGUUCAUGGAAAUGUUGUGCCUUUUACGCUUAAGUUUUCAUAUCAGCUUCACUCCAUCCCUUACACUUAUGAUCAUACCCAUCCAUGUCACACACUGGUCUAUAUAAAUACACGUAAUUCUAUUGUGAUUUUAAAAAUCAAAAUUAAUUUUAAUAAUUUAGUGUGUAAAGCAUUUUAGUUUUGCUUAAAGUUUGCUUAAUAAAUAUGAAUAAAAUGUGAACCUAAUAUUU